AUCUGCAUAUCUGUUCACAAUGCACCGCUAAGAAAAAGAGAAUGCUCUCUGACAAGAACGGAGGGUUGUGUAAAGUUUGUGGAGGCGUGUCAGAUGGCGCAGAGCACCUGAUUUCAUUCAUUCUGCCAGUGCAACAGUGUGUGAUUGAACAAUGGCAAAAUGCGAUAAAUGUAUCUCCAUCGUUGACCGUAGCAAAAUGCCAUUGGGAGAGGAUGGACAUUCCUGGAAAAAGAAAACAUCCAGCAUCAAGGAAAUCUAUGACUUCAAAGAAGUUUUGGGAACGGGGGCUUUCUCUGAGGUGGUGCUCGCAGAAGAAAAGAAGACGAGGAAACUAGUGGCGAUAAAGUGCAUCCCGAAAAAAGCUCUGGAGGGAAAGGAAAACAGCAUUGAGAAUGAAAUUGCUGUGCUCCACAAGAUUAAACAUGCCAACAUAGUUUCCCUGGAGGACAUCUUUGAGAAUAAAUCACACCUCUACCUUGUCAUGCAACUUGUGUCCGGUGGUGAACUCUUUGACAGGAUUGUGGAAAAAGGAUUUUACACAGAGAAAGACGCCAGUAAGCUCAUCCAGCAGAUCUUGGACGCUGUGAAAUACCUACAUGACAUGGGCAUCGUGCACAGAGAUCUAAAGCCAGAGAACUUGCUGUAUUACAGUAUGGAUGAAGACUCCAAGAUAAUGAUCAGUGAUUUCGGCCUGUCAAAGAUCGAAGGUUCGGGCAGUGUGAUGAGCACAGCGUGUGGCACACCAGGAUACGUCGCUCCUGAGGUUCUGGCACAGAAGCCAUACAGUAAAGCAGUGGACUGCUGGUCAAUCGGGGUCAUUGCAUACAUCCUUUUAUGUGGCUAUCCGCCAUUUUACGAUGAAAAUGAUUCCAAGCUCUUUGAGCAGAUUCUGAAGGCCGAGUAUGAGUUCGAUUCACCGUACUGGGAUGAUAUCUCUGACUCAGCCAAAGAUUUUAUUGUGCAUUUAAUGGAGAAAGAUCCCGGCCUGCGUUACACAUGCGAACAGGCUCUCCAGCACCCAUGGAUCGCUGGAGACACAGCGUUGGACAAGAACAUCCAUGAAUCUGUCAGCGCCCAGAUCAAGAAGAACUUUGCCAAAAGCAAGUGGAAGCAAGCGUUUAAUGCCACAGCAGUAGUUCGUCACAUGCGCAGGCUGCAGUUGGGAACCAGUCAGGAAGGCCAGAUGCAGUCCACCCUGCCCAGCCCCUGCCACGGACACCUGCUGCUGCCAGAAGGGGAUGAGGAAGAGAGCUCCCUGCAAAGGGAAAAUAGUGGCUGUUCCGAGGAUGUCAGUGAAGGUAACGACAUCCAGAACUGCACCUACCACGUCCAUCACACUAGUCUGGUCUGAGUGUCAAUCAUCCUGCAGUAACCAAUCAAUGACUGUCCUUUUUCCACUGGAGUCCUGCCACACCCCCAGUCUGGCCAGGAAUACUGUGUAACUCCAGUUUCCAGCCACUAGGGGGCACUGCAGUGUAAAGAACCCAGGUGGGAACAAGGUUAUACUAUUCCAGUGGAGGGAUUCUGUUUAAUGAGAGGAGAGUUCAAAAAGAGACAAGAAGAUUGCCACAGAUGGUUUAUAGGUAAUAUAUGCUAUUGUGGAAGUUGGAUAGUGAUUGGACAGUGUUUUAACUCCUUUUUAAAACAACAUUGUCUAUUUUUAUCUGUCAUUUCCUGAACUAAGAGUUUAGUGGGCCUAUAUCUGUCUAUAUCUGUCUUGAUUCAAAAAUGAGAACCAAGUCUCCCCUAAAGCUUGUUGUCUAUGUCUGAUGGUAUUUGGCCUAAUUCAAUCCACAUAAUAAUUUUUAAUUUGGUAAGAUUUUACAAGGUAGAUUUGCAGAAUGUUGAUCUUAGGAUGUGCUAAGAUUGUACACUUUAACCAUAAAACAGGCAAUGUGCACCACAAGAUACAUACUGUUUAGUUUCUUAUGGGGGUAUGAGAAAAAGUUUCUCACCCAAUCUUCUUAUCAUUUAUCAUUGUUGGGCCUGUUUUUAGUAUAUGUGGGUCACAUGACUUGGUUCAAAUUUUCUGUGAUCAUUAAGUCAGCCUGAUCUAAAACCAACAUGGUGCAGGACAUGCUGACUUUGUGAUAAUUAAUUAUACAUUAAUCAUACUUUUCUUCUGUAAAAACCCCAAUAAAACUGCUAAUAUUAAUUGUGAACAUUGUCUUUAGAUGUGGAAUAUGAAAAUUAAAUCAUAUGUUGUUCAUGCUGUUAUUUAGCACAUUUUGAAGUGUGCGUAUACCCUGAGAUACGUUGCCAGAUUAAGAGAAUAAAAAGGGUUAAUCCACCAUUUUACACUUACACGUCAUACAUGCAACCUUAAAACUAAACUCUUCUUAGUUUUGUUACAGACACACUCUCUCUCUCUCUCUCUCUCUCACACACACACACACACACACACACACGUGUUAUAUGUUUUAAAAUGAGAGGGGAAGUCAGAAACUCUUAAUUUUUUGUAUCAAAUAAAACAUAAAUAUUGAUGACUUUGACUUUUUUGUGCCUUAAUAGGGCAACGUAUCCUGGGAGAUACAACUCGUAAAAUCCAAAAUACAUCAAAAAUGCCUUUGGAUAUGUUUUACUUAAGUCCCAAUGAUAGAAAAAGUGACAUGAAAUGAUUUUUUUGCUAAUCAUUUUCCACUCUUGCCUGUUUUAGGGUUAAAUGCACAUCUUGAAUUUAUGAAAAAAUCUUUUUUUUUCUUUCUUUUUUUUAUGUUUUUCAGUAAAAAUAAAUAAAAACAUCCUUAAAAGAUACACACAAAAUAAGACUUGUUUGCAGGAAAUAGAUUUUGAACUAAGUUUAUAAUUAUUAUUAAGUAACUUUAACCUUUCUUAAUUUUUUAGAUUUACACUUAAAACAAGAACAAAAUUGCCACUGGGUUAGGAAAAAUAAAACUAAAGAUGUAUUUUUUAAAAAGAGGUAAACAAGACACAAAUACUGAUUAAAUAUAUAUAUAUAUAUAUAUAUAUAUAUAUAUUUUUUUUUUUUUUAUACAGUGCUCACUCCACAACAGGUUUUACAUCCAUGAGAUUUUAUAUGUUAACCAUGUUGACACAUCUCGAUUGCUUUACACUUCCAUAAGAAGUGCUGAAUAAGUCUAAAUUACAUUUUGAUUUGCCUUUGGUUUACUUUUUAAGGUUGUGUUACACCAUGUCUACUCAACAAAUCGUUAACUCAUCGUCAGUAUGUUUGACAGCAUCUUUGUGGCAUUGGAUGUUUUUUGUCGUGCCUUCAUGGAUUCAGUCUCAAAGUUUUCCUUUUUUUAUUUGUUUACAAAUUGUUUUGUUCUGUUUUUUUCUUUUCAGUUGGGAAUGUUGGAAGCUGUACAUGUUAAAACAUUUGUUUACUUUUAAAUUCACCCGCAAGGCUACAAGCUGUACUAAGUUAUGCACUGUCGGUGGACCCUUUGAAAAUGUCUAAUAUGUGCUGCCAUCCUUGUAAAUACUGCAAAGCUUUUGUUAUAUCUUCAUAUUUUUUAUUUUUUUUUUUUUCAUAUAAAGUACUCAGGGGAGGAAUAGAAAUCAGAGGAUUUUGAUAUAUUGAGUGGUCGUUUUACAAGGAAAAAGCUAUAGGAAACUGAAAUACACGUCACUGCAAGGCAAUGCUUCAAAUUACAUUAUAUAACUAUAUUUGACAUUCUGGACUCUUUUCAAUGUUGGAACCUGUAUAAAAGUAACCUCCAUUAAAGGACGUGAAUGUGUGAUUUGACUCCAA